AAUGGGUUUGAUUUUUGAGGAAUGAAUGCCUCAUAUUCAGUGGCGGAUCUCAUAGCCCAAAAACCUUCCCGUCGUAAACCCCCACCUAGAAAAAUUCCAUUACUUCCCAAUUAACAGAAUCUGAAGAAAAGCGAAAACAUGACGGACCCUGUAGAGUCCUUCAAGCCCUACACUCUUGCCCAAACCCUAACCGGCCACAAGCUCGCCGUCUCCUCCCUCAAGUUCUCCUCCGACGGUCGCCUCCUUGCCUCCUCCUCCGCUGAUAAAACCAUCCGCAUCUACUCCGUCAAGCCCAACAGUGAUGAUGCCAGUAACAAGCCCGACGACAAGAAAAGUGGUGACAAUGGCGCUAACAUUGUCUGCCCUCUUCAGGAAUUCUCCGGUCACGAGCAGGGUGUGUCAGAUGUCGCCUUCUCGUCCGACUCCCGGUUCCUAGUGUCGGCAUCCGACGACAAGACCCUCCGGCUGUGGGACGUCGCCACGGGGUCCCUCAUCAAGACUCUUAACGGUCACACUAACUUCGCCUUCUGCGUGAAUUUCAACCCUCAGUCCAAUAUGAUCGUCUCUGGGGCUUUCGACGAGACUGUCAGGAUCUGGGAUGUCAAGUCCGGCAAGUGCCUCAAGGUCUUGCCUGCACAUUCCGAUCCUGUCACCGCCGUUGAUUUCAACAGGGAGGGAACUCUAAUUGUCUCUAGCAGCUACGACGGGCUUUGUAGGAUUUGGGACGCUGGCACCGGCCAUUGUAUGAAGACGCUGAUUGACGACGAGAACCCACCUGUCUCUUUUGUCAAAUUCUCUCCCAACGGCAAGUUUAUUCUCGUCGGCACCCUUGAUAAUACCCUGAGGCUUUGGAAUUUCUCGACAGGGAAAUUUCUGAAGACAUACGCUGGGCAUGUAAAUUCGAAGUACUGCAUACCUUCGACAUUUUCUAUAACAAAUGGGAAGUACAUUGUUAGUGGUUCGGAGGAUAAUUGUGUGUACUUGUGGGAACUUCAGAGUAGAAAAAUAGUUCAGAAAUUGGAAGGUCACACUGACACUGUUAUAUCAGUAGCGUGUCACCCGACUCAGAACAUGAUCGCAUCCGGUGCGCUUGGAAAUGAUAAGACUGUGAAGAUAUGGACUCAGGAGAAAUGAUGAUGUUGUUUUAAUCUGAUCGGAAUGGGUAACAUUUGGCUUCUGCUAUUUUUUGUUGCAUAGGAUUCUUGCCCCUCCCUGUAGUUUAAUGUAGCAGCCAGAACCCACCUUGUUUCUCCCCGGAAUUACUCUUCUGUGAUCACUGUGAACUCAAAUGUCCAAAGUUGCUCCUUUUAUAUGUAACCUUUUGGCCUUCAAGGUUCCCUCAACUUUGCAGCA